CUGCCAAUUCUGGGCGUGUCCAGUCAAGCCCCGCCCCUCGGCCCAUCCCCCCUCCGCACGGACCCCGCCCCCCUCACGUGUUCCAGCCUGGCCCCUCCCAGAUGAUGAUGAUUCCCCAGCAACAAAUCAGCUUUCCCAAUUCACAAGGCCCGGCUUACUAUAUAUCUGGCCAGUACCGUCCCUCAUAUGUGACUCCUCAGCAGUAUCAGGUGGCCGGUUCUCCUGGUUUCUAUCCCGGCACAAGUCCAGCUGAUUACGCUGGGGCGUAUUACCCUGCCCAGCCCCAGUUCACGCCCCCUGUUGCCCCGGCGCCAGUCAUCAUAAACCCCGCCCCCCAGCAGCAACAGGCCCCACCCCCUCAACAGCAGCAAGCUCCGCCCAGACGUGAACGCAAGCAGAUCAGGAUCAGAGACCCUAAUCAGGGAGGACGUGACAUCACAGAAGAGAUCAUGUCAGGAGGUCGCAGCGGCUCCACGCCCACGCCUCCACAGCCCAAUGGUGACAACGCCACACCUGCAGUCGCCAUGACAACCAGACUGGAGUUUCCCAUUCCUCCAGGCGAAAGCCCGAUACCCGAUGCCCCGCUGACUCCGCCCCCUACCAGUCAGAUAAGCGAUACUGUAGAUGCUCCGCCCCCAGCGCCGGCAGAUGACACUCACGCAAUGCUCACUGUGUUGGAACCGCCCCCCUGGAACAGUGCUGAAGCCACACCCACUGUAAGCAAGGAGGAGGGGCCUGUGACUGUAACUCUGCCUGUUGCCACCCACCGGGCGGAGCCUUCGCUGGAAUCACCAAUAGUGCAGCCCGAAGAGCUCCAGCUGUUUAACGGUGUCCCGACAGGCUCCGCCCACAGAGACGUCAGUCCUAUCGCCGAGCCAGAUGUUGCAAAAGAAGCGCCGCCGGUUACAGCCGAUACUUCUGAUAGGACUGUGAAAGAAAUCCCUCCUCAGGUCGUCAAGGAGACUCCCGUUGCGGUUGUUAAGGAAGAGCCAGCUCCUGUUGUCAAGGAGACCCCCGCUCCUGUUGUCAAGGAGACCCCCGCUCCUGUCGUCAAGGAGAUCACCGCUCCUGUCGUCAAGGAGAUCACCGCUCCUGUCGUCAAGGAGACCCCCUCUCCUGUCGUCAAGGAGACCCCCGCUCCUGUCGUCAAGGAGACCCCCGCUCCUGUCGUCCAGGCGACUGUCCCUGUGGUUGCCAAGGAAACACCUACACCUGUUGAUGCGGAAAACCUUCCGCAAAUCACCCAGGAGGCUGUUGUCAAGGGAAUUCCUGUUGUCAAGGGAAUUCCUGUUGUCAAGGAAAUUCCUGUUGUCAAGGAAAUUCCUGUUUUCAAGGAAAUUCCUGUUGUCAAGGAGACUCCUGUCGUUGAGGAAACACCUUCACCUGCUGCCAAGGAAACCCCCGAAGCCACUGCCCGUUCAGAGGUCAUGUCUAAAGCCACGCCCCCUUCGAUGGAAGGGCGGGAGGACACGCCCACUACACAGGCCACUCCCUCGGAGAGUUCUAUGCAAGUGGUUUCUGUGCCAAAGAAAAAGAGAAAAAUGAAAGACCUGAACAAGAAGGAGGCGGGAGAUCUGCUUGAUGCCUUUAAAGAGCCCACUCCACCUGAGCCAGAGGCCACACCCCCAGAGAAGGCGGAGCCAGAGAGCACCACCCCUGUGGCCCCGCCCCCUGCUGAGGACGUGGAUGAGACGUGGGAGGAGAAAGAAGAUAAACUCGAUGCUGAAAACAUGAAACCGCAGAGUCCCACCCCGAGUUCACUUAUCAAUCAGAAAUACCAGUAUAAAGAAGAUAAACUUGAUGCUGAAAACAUCGAACCGCAGAGUCCCGAGCCGAGUUCACCCACCGAACAGAAAUACCAAUAUAAAGACGAGCAAUGGAAACCGCUGGACCCCGAGGAAAAGAAGAAAUACGACCGAGAGUUUCUGCUGGGCUUCCAGUUCAUCAGCGCCAGCAUGAACAAACCUGAGGGUCUGCCGCAGAUCUCCGACGUGGUGCUGGAUAAGGCCAAUAAAACUCCUCUGCGGCAGCUGGAUCCGAGUCGUUUGCCCGGAAUGAACUGUGGUCCAGAUUUCACGCCUUCGUUUGCUAAUCUGGGCCGUCCAUCAGCCGGGGGGCGUGGCCUGCCGUCCGGUCUGAGCGGUCCGCGUCGUUCAGGUCAAGGUCAGCGCGGGAAAGAGCCGAGGAAGAUCAUCGCCAGUGUUUCUCUCACCGAAGACGUGCAGCUGAAUAAAGCGGAGAAGGCCUGGAAACCGACGGUGAAGCGCAGCGGUCGCCCCGAAGAGGACGAGCCCGAGUUCCUGAAGACGCAGGAGCUGUUCAAACGCGUGCGCAGCGUCUUAAACAAACUGACGCCGCAGAUGUUCCAGCCGCUGAUGAAGCAGGUGACCGAACUGAGCAUCGACACAGAGGAGCGUCUGAAGGGAGUCAUCGACCUCAUCUUCGAGAAGGCCAUCUCUGAGCCCAACUUCUCUGUGGCCUACGCUAACAUGUGCCGCUGCCUGAUGGGGCUGAAAGUCCCCACCUCAGAUAAACCCGAAGUGACGGUGAACUUCAGGAAGCUGCUGCUGAAUCGCUGUCAGAAAGAGUUUGAAAAGGACAAAGAUGAUGAUGAAAUCUUUGAGAAGAAGCAGAAGGAGCUGGAUGCUGCCACAGUGGAAGAGGAGAAGCAGAGGUUGAAGGAGGAGCUCGAGGACGCCAAAGACAAAGCGCGGCGACGGUCGCUAGGUAACAUCAAGUUCAUCGGGGAGCUGUUCAAGCUGAAGAUGCUGACGGAGACCAUCAUGCACGACUGCAUCGUCAAGCUGCUGAAGAACCACGACGAGGAGAGUCUGGAGUGUCUCUGCCGCCUGCUGUCCACCAUCGGGAAAGACCUGGACUUCGAGAAGGCCAAGCCUCGAAUGGAUCAAUAUUUUAACCAGAUGGAUAAAAUUACUAAGGAGCGGAAAACCUCUUCCAGAAUUCGCUUCAUGCUGCAGGACGUUCUUGAUUUACGACGGAGUAACUGGGUCCCUCGGCGAGGAGAUCUGGGGCCCAAGACCAUCGAGCAGAUCCACAAGGAGGCGGAGCUAGAGGAGCACCGAGAGCAGGUCAAAGUUCAGCAGCAGCUCCUGAAGAAGGACAGCCGCGGAGGAGGAGGAGGAGGAGGAGGAGGAGGAGGAGGGAUGGGGCCCCGGGGAGGCCCCCACACGCCCGGUCCCCGGGGCAAUCAGGCCCCUGAUGACGGCUGGAACACGGUGCCCAUCUCCACCAAGAACAGACCCAUCGACCCGACGCGCCUCAGCAAGAUCACCAAGCCAGGUGCUCUGGACUUCAGUAAUCAGCUUCUUGCCCCCGGAGGUAAAGGCUCGUGGGGCAGUUGGGGCAAAGGCAGCAGUGGAGGCUCUGGAGCCAAACCCAGUGACAGCGCCCAGGACUCUGGUCGGACCAGCACUUUGAACCGAUUUUCAGCACUUCAGCAGCCUUCGUCCUCUUCCUCCUCUUCAUCAACAUCCGCCAACAUCGACUCUGACAGGAGGGUUCCUCAAAGGGGCAGCUCCAGUCGGGAACGCAGUGAUCGUUUCGAGCGGAUGGACCGGAACCGUCCCGCGGUCGGCAAGCGCAGCUUCAGCCGGGAAAAAGAGGAGAGGAGUCGAGAUCGAGAGCAGUGUCCGGCUGAGAUGCUGCGGCGUGUUUCCAGCAUGACAGACGAAAGAGAACGAGAGCGCAGCAGCCACGACAAUGCAGUGAAGACCGAAUCUGUUCCCACUCCUCCACCUGUUUCCUCCAAACCUGUGCUGACGGAGGAGGAGCUGGAGAAGAAAUCCACUGCCAUCAUCGAGGAGUAUCUGCACAUCAGUGACAUGAAGGAGGCGCUGCAGUGUGUGAGUGAGCUGAGCUGCUCGUCUCUGUCUGUGUUCGUUCGGACGGGAGUCGAGUCGACUCUGGAGCGCAGCACCCUCGCUAGAGAACACAUGGGUUUACUGUUUCACCAGCUCCUCAAAACACACACACUGUCCACACAACAGUACUACAAAGGGCUGCUGGAGGUGCUGGAGGUGGCGGAGGACAUGGAGAUCGAUAUUCCUCACAUCUGGCUCUAUCUGGCUGAGCUCAUCACUCCCAUGAUGCUCGAGGGAGGCAUUCCCAUGGGGCCGCUCUUCAGGGAGCUGUCUAAACCACUGGUGCCUCUUGGGAAGGCUGGAGUUCUGCUGGUGGAGAUGCUCAAGCUGCUCUGUAAAGCCAUGAGUCAGAAGAAGGUGGGAGCGAUGUGGAGAGACGCGGCGCUGAGCUGGAAAGACUUCCUCCCCGAAGACGAGGACCUCAAUAAAUUUGUCACUGAAAAGGGACUGGAGUUCACUCUGGAUGAGGAGUGUGUGAGGAAGAGCAGUAAAGUGACUCUGAGUCCAGAAGAUAUUUCCAGAGAGCUGGAGCGACUCCUGCAGGAGAAAGCAGACAACCAGAGGAUCUUUGACUGGGUGGAGGCCAAUCUAGAUGAGCAGCAGUCAUCAUCGAGCACGUUUGUCCGAGCGCUUAUGACCUCCGUCUGUCAGGCGGCCAUCAUCUGUGAGAAUCCAUAUAAAGUAGACACUAAAGAGAUUACCCAGAGGGCCAAGCUGCUGCAGCGCUACAUUAAAGACGAGCAGAAGGAGCUGCAGGCGCUCUACGCCUUACAGAGUCUGAUGGUGCAGAUGGAGCAGCCACCGAAUCUGCUGCGCAUGUUCUUUGACGUCUUAUACGACGAGGACAUCAUCAAAGAGGAGGGCUUUUACCGCUGGGAGUCCAGCAAAGACCCCACGGAGCAGCAAGGCAAGGGCGUGGCCCUCAAGUCCGUCACCGCCUUCUUCACCUGGCUGCGCGAGGCCGAGGACGAAUCAGACAACAGCUAGAGCUUAGGCCAUGCCCACCACUGAGAUGAUUGACAUGGAGGGCAAAAAUAUAUAUUUCAAAGAUAAAAAGAGAGAGAGAGAGAGAAAAUGAAACAUUUCGGAGAUUUUCAACACCUUUUUAUUUUCUGUUUUGUCUUUCCGUUUGCGCAAAAAAAAAAAAAAAAAAAAAACGUUGACCUGAAAAAAAAAUAAAGUAUUAGAGGAUGACAAGCCUUAUCUGCUCAGAAUUUUAGCCGUUAGCAUUGCAACUUCCCGUUUCCUGCUCCCGCCGCCAGUGGAGACGGACGUCGAUGACACCAUCACUUGUUUAUGAUGUCACUUCCUGGUAACAGAACGCUGCUCAGAGUUCUAUUUUUCGUUCCGAAACCCUUUAUAUAUAUUCGUGGGCGCUGAUGUGGUUUUGCGCGGAGCGGUCGAUUGUGUGCGGGUUGCUGUAACGAGGAAAAUUGGAUUUUGUCGUGUUUUUUUGUCGUUUUCUUUGAUUUGGGAUUUUGUUUAGUUCGAGUGGAGUGUUCCGAGCUCUUUUUUUCUAAAUAUUUUUAAUGACAGAAAACGAAUUCAAAAUGCAAUUCGCCUCUUUCGGAGCUGUGGUUUUCAGUGUGUGUUUGCGGCUCUGGACGACGCGAGACUUUGCUAAAGACGUUCAACUUUGACCUUUUUGCUGCUUCUGCCGGCUCGAGCCGACGUACGGUUCACAUCACACUUCACGGAGAAAAAUAAACGAGCCUUGAGGUGACGAGGAGACGUGCGCUUUCGCACCUGUUGUGGACUUCACGAAACAAAUCAUUAUGACGACUUGAAAAAUAUAUAUAGAGAAAUAAAUGUAAAAAAAAAUAAAAAUACAAAAAAGCUGGAGAAAGAGAGAGUACGAAUACUACAUGCCUUUGAGCUCCCUGAGAGCGACCUGUAAAUACAUGUUUGGUUUUGUUUUCCAAUAAUAAAAAUGCUAACUUUAAUGCCAUUUAUUAA